AUGGGACCGAAGUCGAAGGUUGAAGCCGUUAAAAAAUUUGCACCACCUGUUGUACGCCCAGCGAUCAGCCAAUCCAGUCUCGUUUUCGUGCCUAGAGAUGUUUUAGAGGGUUUUCAAGAACGAGUAGAAACUGAUAUAGACUGGACCGUAACCGAAAGCAGUUGCCGCUUUCAUAGAGCCCAAUACAAAAGAAAUGAUGAUGCAAAGGUCACCUUUUCCCAAGCUUUGAAAAACAAAAUAAGUAGAAGUAUCAUCAGUGGGUUCCUCAAUAAAGAUUCUGGAUUGACUCUUCAACAGAAUUGGGAAUUUUUAUUACCAAUAACAUUGUGGGAUACGGAAAAUUUCGCUACUGAUGAAGGAAAAAUAUGUUUUGACAAUGAAAACUGUGUGACUGAUGAUUUAAUGAAAUUAAUAAAAAAUGCUGUUGAUGCAGGAGAUAGGAAUGUUUUGAAAAAUGAUUUGAUGACGGUCAACGUUUUGCGCGUUAAUGGUAUGCAGAUGACUGAACUAGACGAAACUUUGACUCGAUACAAAAAACUAACGACACUUAAUUUAUGUAGCAACUGGUUAACGGAACUGAACACAACGUUUAUUCCGCAAACUUUGAAAGCUUUUGAGCUCCACAACAAUUGUAUUUCUGAUGUAUCCGGAUUUGCCGAUUCUUUACCUUUUGAUUUACUCUAUUUGGGUCUAAGCCGAAACAUGCUCACAACAGAAAAUAUCGACGCUCUUGGACAUCUCCCUUACAAUUUGACGGUUUUAGAUUUAGCAGACAACGACAUCUAUCAUUUAACUCCAGUACUAGAUGCUGUAUCAAGACUGCCAAAUCUGUGUGCGUUACAGCUAUCGGGCAACCCUUGUGCGUUGUGCACUGGAUAUGCUCGAACUUGCUUGCUGAAGUUAAGUCGUUUAAAAUGGCUUGACUGCCGAGAAGUUUUGGAUUCAGACAGGCCAUUAGAAUUUACGGAAGUACACCCAGAUGAUUUGAGGUCUACCUACUUUCAUUUCACUGUUUUUCGAAUUGUGUCUUGUCCUCAACCACCUAAGGCUGAAAAGGGUGCUUCUACAAGCUUUCACAUAGAAUUAGAACUGCCUUUAUUGGACGUGGUAAGGAGGAAGUUCUUAAUGUUCCGAAGACCUGAAUCCCUCGUGGAACUUCUGCCUCCACCUGAAGACGAAGAGUGGCCAAAUACCGCAGGGGCUUCUGUCCCCGCUAUAGGUAGCAGAGUUAUUUCUGGCAAAAUUCAAGCUUCAGGUAUAAUCCAAGAUGAACAGUCAUCUCACGGUUCAGACAUCUUUAACAAUAUGGUGCCUAAGAAUACUAGAGAGAUACACAACUACACUACGUUUGAGAGUAGUAAGGUGCAAUGGAACAAGCUGAUGAACUUCAAUGAGCCGGUUGUGAAGAUCUUCUGCCCAGACCUCGUCGCAUUGAGGGAUACCUUCCGAUCAGCUAUCACCAUCCGACUUGUUUAUUCUAUUGUCUACACACCCCCGAAAGCGGGUAAAGCCGAGAAACAGAAAAGUCUACAAACGAUAAAACCACCAGGGGAGAUGAGAGUGAUUAUAGCGACGAUCAGGUGCUCCCUCAGGGCUCCGGACUGGAGCCAACAAUCUCAACACUUCCACUGGGACGAAACUCUAGGUACCAGCGACGCUAUACAUUGGGGCGAUGGAGAUCUUGCUGUCCUUCAGUAUAGCCAGGGACCAGUUAAAGUCACAAAAGGGAAGGUGGAUGCCGAAAUGGGAUCUAGACAAAGCAUGCCGGAAUUUUUGACUUGCCAUUUCGGAUUCGGAAUCGAUACUUUACGCACAACGUAA